AUGGAUGUAGAUGGGGGCAACAAGCGUGUCUUCCACCGUCUUGCUGGAGCCACGGCGGCCGACACCAGGCACCACCAAAAAAAAGUGUGCUACCAUUGGCAAGCUGGAAACUGCAACAGACAUCCCUGCCCCUUUCUCCACAGCGCCACCGUCUACGGUAGCACCAUGUCUUGCAAUAAUAAUAAUGGCCGCCGGAGCCAUACUUUUAUGAAUGGCACUUCCACGUGGGGCCAUGGCUGUGGUGGAGGUAAUCAUAGAGCAGUUAGGAAGGCUGAUAAAGUCUGUAAUUACUGGGUGCAGGGGAAUUGUGGUUAUGGUGAGAGGUGUAAGUUCAUUCAUUCUUGGAGUUGUGGGGAUGGUUUCUCUUUGCUGACUCAGCUUGAAGGCCACACCAAGGUUGUGAGUGGAAUAGCUCUGCCUUCUGGUUCCGAUAAGCUUUAUACUGCAAGUAUUGAUGAGACUCUCAGAGUUUGGGACUGCCAGUCUGGACAGUGUACUGCUGAGAUCAAUGUUGGUGGCGAAGUAGGGUGCAUGAUCAAUGAAGGACCUUGGAUUUUUGUUGGUAUACCCAAUUGUGUUAGGGCUUGGAACACUCAAACUUGUAUGGAACUAAGUCUACAAGGCCCUGUUGGACAAGUAUAUGCUCUUGUUGUCAACAAUGAUAUUCUCUUUGCUGGUACACAGGAUGGGUCUAUAUUGGCAUGGAAAUUUAACGUAGUGGUCAAUGUCUUUGAGCCUGCUGCAUCGCUUACAGGUCACUCGCGUGGUGUUGUUUCAUUAGUAGUUGGACCCAAUAGACUUUACUCUGCUUCAAUGGACAACACUAUAAGAGUGUGGAACCUUGAACAUUUACAGUGUCUACAGAUAUUAACGGAUCACACAUCUAUUGUGAUGUCAGUUCUCUGCUGGGACCAGUUCCUUCUAUCUUGUUCACUGGACAAAACAGUAAAGGUGUGGGUUACUACAGAAAGUGGAAAGUUAGAAGUAACAUACACUCACAAAGAAGAACAUGGUGUGGUUGCUCUUUGUGGGGUGCAUGAUUCACAAGGAAAGCCAAUUUUGCUUUGCUCUUGCACUGAUAAUACUCUACGCCUUUAUGAGUUACCUUCAUUUCUAGAUAGAGGAAAAAUAUUCACAAAACAAGAGAUACGAACAAUUAAGAUGGGGCCUGGUGGCAUAUUUUUCACUGGUGAUGGAUCAGGUCAAGUGAGAGUAUGGAAUUGGGCAAUAGACCCAACCAUUUCCAUCCAAUAA